AUGGUUUACCUUAGUCUCUUGGCGUACGGUCGAUACAGACAAAACCUUCUCGACAAAAACAAAUCUGAAAAUGUUAAUCCCCUUGUCCCGUAUCAAGAUGAUGACAUUCAGAUAAUCGAAGAAGAAAAUCCACAAAAUAAUAAAAAUAAAUUUAAAGCUUUUAGUUCCAGCUUUAGUAAUGUAAAUCCUAGCAGUGAAAACAUAUUGCCAGCUGAACCAUCUCCUAGCUUACAGAAAAAACUUGUUUUCAACAUAUCUCCCAGUAAUACUGUUAAGGAUACCCCGUUUAAAAAGCAGAUGAUACCAAGUACAGUCAUUAACAAACAAACCAAAAAAACAAUUACACUCCCUAGAAAUCAAGUACAAAGCGCAACUAAUACAAUCCGUCAAAACUCAGAUCAUCAAGAUCUUGGUUCAAUUCCGCAACCACCAGUUCAAGUCAAGUCGAACAGUCCAACUAAACCUACAAAACGUCCUUCUCCGACCCUAGUUCCUUCUGAGGAACCCUUGACAAAGAAACGCUUUUCAAACCUAGAUCAUGUAGCUGAGUCUGUCUCAGUUCCUGUUCCAAUCCCUACUUCUGGACCUACAACUGUUCCUGGUCCACAAAAUCUAGAACCGUCCCAAAAUUUAUGCCCAUCUAAGUCCCGAAAUGUCGAGGGAACUGAGCCUCAAAGUUUAGAACCAUCUGGGCCCCGAAAUGUCGUAGUAACUGAGCCCCAAAAUCUCAAACCAAGUGGGCCCCGAAAUCUAGAAACAACUGGGCCCCAAAACGUCGAUGUAACUGAGUCACAGAAUCUAAAACCAACUGGUCAUCGAAAUCCAGAAACAACUGAGCCCCGAAAUCCAGAAACAACUGAGCUCCGAAAUCUAGAACCAACUGGGCCCCGAAAUGUGGAAGGAACUGAACCUAAAAAUGAUUCUGGAUCAGUCCAGCAAAUGCAUCUGAUUGAAUCGGACAUCACUGGAAAUCAAAAUCUAACGGAAGUCCAUAGGAAAAAAUUUACAGGAUUAAAGAUCACAAUAUCUCCUUCGUUAAAACAUCUGAAAAAUCAAGGCUGGACAUUUGAGAAUCAUGGUAGACGUCUGAACCCUGAGUCUGAGAUAGAACUGAUAGAUCUUGCAGACGAUCCCCCGGAACCUCGUCUCAACAAAUCUAUGGAACAGAGAGAAGACAACAAAGUUGAACCUGAACCUAUUCUGUUGACAGAAAAGGAACAAGAGUUAGUAUCAGAAUGCAAGUCUGUUACCGAAUCUGAUAUAAAACUAAACAUAGACCAAGAAGCAACCCUGGAAAUAAAAUCAAACUCUGAACCCACAUCAAAAUCAGAAGCAGUCAACCAACUUGAACAUAGAAAAGAUUCUGAUCUUGAAGGAAUCCCAGAACCUGGUUUGAAACCAAGUUUAAUGUCAACUGUUUCAGAAAGUCCUUUUUACCUUGAGAAAGCCUUUUCUCCAUCUAAUGAAGAUGCUGUUGUUGGAGAGGAUUUUGGAACUGUUUUUAAAACGGAAAAGGCUGCCGCGAUGGAUUCAAACCAUUUCAGACAGGAACAGGUCAGGUUCUGGAACGAAGGAACUAAAUCAGGAUGGAAUGAUGGAACUCAGCCUGUGGCUAAGGCAUGGAACGCUGGAACGGAUUCUAUUUUUUCGGUAUCAAACUCAGCAGAACGUUUAACUAAUAAUCAGUGGAAUGAGAGCGGCGAAGUGAACGCACAGAGUUAUAAAUCUGCAAACUGGAACCCAAACACCCACGCAGGGACUCAUGAUUGGAACGUUUACUCUCAGAACCAGAAUACGUUGAUAAAUACCAACCAGGCUGCAUAUUAUAACUCCGGAGUACCUGCGGUGGAUCGGCUGAUUGGGUCAGAGUUUGCUGAGGACGAUUCUUUCUCCAGCCCUGGAUACUAUACUGAGAACCAAUCCACUAUGUAUAAAAAGCAUCCAACUAAUCUAACACAGGUUUUUUCUCUGCCAGAAGAAAGCAGUUUAGGCGGAAAAGAAGAUAGAGGAAGUGGUAACAGAGGGAGAGGAAGAGGAGGAGGAAAUUGGGAAGGAGGAGAAUGGGAAGGAGAGUGGGAAGGAGGAGAAUGGGGAGGUGGUGAUUGGGAUGAAGGGGGAUAUAGGGUAGAAGGAGAUUGGAACAGUGGUAGUUGGGGAAGAGGAGAUUUGAGAGGAGGAGAAAGAGGAUUCGGAACCAGAGGUAGAAGAGUUCAAGGAAACGGAGAUGGAAUAGGUGGAAGAUCGAAUAGAGGAAGAAGAGGAAUGGGAGAAUUAGAAUCUAGAAGAGGGAGAGGACGAGGAAGAGGAAGAGAAGGAGAGUUUAACGGCUGGAGGGGAGGAGGAGGGGAAAAUAGAGGGAGAGGUGGAAGAGGUGCAAGAUGGGAUAGAGGGGGAAGAGGCCGAGGAGGUGGAAGAGAUGAAAGAGAUUUGUUGGAAAAUAGUGAAGAAACUCUGAGCAAACCCGAAAAAAUUGCAUUUGUUUUCUCAAGAGACGAGAUAAGAUAGUUUGUGCUUGUGAUAAUACAGUAAAUAUCAAGAGAUAAGGAAUGUGAUAAAAUUAUCCUUAGUACUCUACCAACAUUGCUUCAGAUUACAAGACUACAGGAAAAACUGGGCAAACAUGUUUUUUUUCUCACUUUUUUCAGUAUCCAUUUAAUUUUGAUGCGGGUCCGGAUCCGGAUCCGGAUUCUGGAU